GGGGUGUCUGGCAUCCCUCAAGAUCUUCGCGCUUCGGAUAUAAACAGUCAGAGAAACGAUGGGCAGUACAGAAUACACAGAUCGUCCUUCAGUGUAGCAUUGACACUAUAGUCAGCUGAGCCAAAAUGAAAUUCUUCAUCGUCGCCUCAUUCUGCAUGGCAGUGGCCAUUGGCCAGGGUGUGAUUCAGCCAAAACCAAAUGUUCGAAAUUUGCCUGCUGAAGUCCGCAAAGAGGCUCCAGGCCAAUGCUACGGAUUCACUGCCAAAAAGGCCUUCCCUGUGGGCCAGUCAUGGCCCCUGGCUCCCUUCUGUGGAAGAGCCACCUGCAUUCAGCAUGAAGGCAAACUCUUCGAAAAGGUGGAAGACUGUGGCUUUGAGCCCAAGCCAUCUCCCGGCUGCAGAGUCAAGAACGAAGCCGACCAAGCUAAGCCAUACCCAGCCUGCUGCCCCGUGUACGAGUGCCAGCCAGGUGCCACACUCCAGUACCCAACUCCAGAAGAACUGAAGGCUGCUGCAGAGCAGGCUGCCAAGGCUGCACAAGGCGCCCAGGGAUAAUUGGUCACUCAGAGUGGUUCUCAUCCUUAUUUCAAGGACAGUGUUUUUAUGGUCAAUUUUAGACAGAAAAAUGAACUCUGUUAAGGGAAUGGCAGGGAAAAAUUGUCUUGCCUGGAAGAGUGCGGAUGUUAAAUCUCAGUUGUUAUAUUUUUAUACUUAUUUUGAAAAUAAAGAAAAUUUUGCUUA